AUGGUGACGAGAAGAGCGGGGAAACAUUUAUAUUUUUCUGUUGAAGACAAUUCUCGCGACGAUGAGGAUGCGAAUAUCUUCGACCCGCUGGAUAUUCUCCUCCUCUCGGAAGAAAAGGAAGAUUUUGGGAGAAGUAAUACUAAUACUAAUACCGAGACGUUAAAUACAGCGACAAGGAUGAUGGUGAUGACAACGACUGUUGGGUACGUUGGAUUGACCACAGAUAUCAACAGCGUAUCCGCUGGUACAAAUGGGAGUGGUUUCCUCCUCCAAAAUUUUGAAGGGGCUGGAAACGCGUUCGCCGCGAGUUCGCAACAAUCCAUCGACCCGUUCGCGAACUUCUCGCCAGUCUGUCCAGCAUCCGAUGGUGUCUUUCGAGUCGGUCAAAGACUCGCGCUUUCCUUGGCUGGGGAUAGUAACAUUGAAAAUUAUCGACCGCUGAUUAACGACGUGUUGAUUCGCGUCAGAACGGAGUUGUGCGUGUUGGAAUCGUUCGUGAGAGAAACGGCGAUACCGUUCGUCCAAACGAAAGGGUUAGGGUGGGUGUUGCCGAGACACGAGACGUCGGAGACGUAUUUAGCCGGGGUGGUGUUUGUCGUCGGCGCGAAUUUUAUCUUGUUGGGAAGCACGAAAGUUGUGGCGAUUUUAGCCAUCUAUCACGAUUUGAGCGUAGGAUUGGUGGCGAGAGGUAUGGGCGGUUUGCUCGGAUUUAUGAGCCCGGGCGACGUGAGAAAAGCGAGAGAGGAAGAGUUUGAGAAGUUGAUGACGAAACAGAUGGAAGAGACGAAAAAAGUAAUGUUGGAUGCAAACAUGAGCGCGUCGGAGAGAGAGAAGAAAACGACGGAAAUUAGCACCCGGUACGCGACGGAAAUGGAGAAGAUUAAAUCGACGCAAGAGGACAAGGAGAGAUCGGACGAAACGAGCGGCAUCGCGAAAUUUAGAAAAGGCGCGAGCGUGAUAGCGAUUCCUUUGAAAGUGUACGGAACGGUGAGUAGAAAAACGAGAGAGAUUUUGGAGGUGUUUGAUACGUUUUGUUCGCGAUAUUUCGUCGCGUUUACGGUGACGUAUAUUAUCGUGAAGACUUUGCACUACGUCGUGUUUCCGGACGCGCUCGGUUAA